UGCUGCCCCAACCCUGAUAAGUGAUAAUUAUAUAGAUAUCUACAUAUCCACUCGGGCGUCAUAGUAAUGAAGUGCUGAGUAAUUUAUUAUCGUCGUUUUUCUAACCCACAGGAUACAAGUACGCGUUCGACUGGUGCGUCGUGCCCGUGUGGCUGGCAUACGCAGUGCUGGACGCGUUCAUCAUGUACUACAACUACCUGGAAGCUUCCGGUUACGUGGGCGCAUCCUUACGGAAGUGUUUCGAAGACUCGUACUGCUUCGCCGUCAUCGAGCUGGCCAACCGGAACCUGGGCCCGUUCUCGGCGUUGAUGUGCACCAUGUUCUACGGACGUCAGCACAAAGCGGCCUCGCUGGCCGGCACAGAGCGCGUGUUGGCGUUCAUCCGGGAGACGGAUGGGGACAAGAGUGCGUCGCUGUCCGCGGCCGCCAAGUACUACUCGGCCGCUAUGAUGGUCGCGUAUGUCGCGAUCAUAUGGUUGUACACGGCGGCCGUUCCGGUUGCCGUCAUAUUUUUGUACAGCAUAAACGCGCUGGGACAGGUAGCCGUCUACAGCCUGGUCACGUUCCAGUAUUACGUCCUGGGACGCGGUUACGCACGCAUCGAUCGGCUGCUCGAAGUUGAAGCCGUGGGCCAUCACGCGCGCCGGUCGCUAGCCGCGCGCGUGGCCCGUCUGGCCCGGGUGGCUGACGACUUUGGCCGACAGGUGAGCCACCUCAAUCGGUCGUACUCGAUCAUGCUGUUGUUCAAGUGGCCGUACAACGUGGUCCGUAUCGUCAUGGUCGUGUUCCGAAUCAUCGAGCUAUCGUCCACCGUGCAAGGCACUCAUCAGUUUGCCCGCAUAGCCGCCGUACUUAUCGUCGAACACGUGGGCGAGAUUAUCCUGUUCCUGUUGCAACUGUCGUAUUUCUGUUACACGGGAGCCCGUCUGUCCGGUCAGGCACGUGGUUCAAUGUCCUUCCUAAUAUAGUUAUUAUAAUAUUAUAUUAUUAUCUGCACGAUAUUUCUGAUCGAUCGAUACCUCAUACGACUACUUUAUACGUUCAUCCGUUUUCCCUGUAGAGCUGACCGAUACAUUAACUAAAAUAAAUACGGUUUUACAAUGGUACGACUAGGUUUCCAGUAGAUUAGUCGUGGUUAAACUACGCUUUUUUUUCUUUUUUUACUUAGUUUCCCGCCGCUACUAGAUAACCUUAUGAUUUUAGAGCUUCACAAUGGUAAAUGGGGGGAAACACUAUAUAAUAUAGCGACCGGAUUGACGAUUUUUUUACUCGAGUUUUGAGGAAAUCGAUAGUUUCUUAGAUGUCAAUACUGUUUGAAAUAGAUUCGUAUGCGCGGUAGAUAGUCAAUUUAUCGCAUGCAUUUAUGCGAGCUAUAGUGUAAUAAACUAUAAAGUAAUAAAAUAAUGAUCAACAUUA